AUGGGUCCCGCUGUGCGUUACCGACCCAUGUCUCCCAACGGCUCGCGUAUGAUGGAUCCUAUGCGCGCCUCCACUGGCACAGUGCAGCUCAGUUCUUCCUACAAUCCAUAUGAUCUCACCAACCGCCCAACACACUCGAGCUAUCAUUCCGAUGUCAACUAUAUUCCAUCAUACGAACCACGCUCUGCGCGGGAGUCGCGAUUGGAAGCACAACCGAUCUCCUCUACAACGUACCGUGACCCUGGCCAUUCGACCACAUUGAGAACGGAGUACGCUAUCCGUCCGAGACAGCGAAGCAAUACCGCGUCCGCCGUUGAGAUCCAGUAUGCCCCCAAUCGAUAUGAUACAUCUGCUUCCCCAUUGUCGAGGGCUUCGCCUGUGAUCGUUCCGGGUCAUCACCGGUCUCCAAGCCCGCAGCGAACCCAGGAGCGCUACGUGGUACCCGCAUCUUCGCACAGACACCACCGACGUCAUCCCCCAUCCAGCACAGACUAUGCGAGUGAUACUGGCCGUCGAGACUUGAAAGACAGAAUGACUAUGGCUCGAAUCCCUCACAAUGCCUAUCCAGCUUAUGAGCACAGUCCUCGUUGGCGCUACCCGCCGACCGGUGGUCUUAAGAAAGGGGAAGACAUCGAUGAUUAUCAUGCCUAUUCCUAUACCAACCCUCGUGAACAGUUUGAGAAGGACUCCGCUGCCAGGAUGCGUCGUGAUCAACGUGGUCACCCGAGAGACAGACCGCUCAGCUUGACUGGUCCCGAUGAUCCUCAAUUGCAAUUAAGAAAAGAAUCGCGUGCCCUUGGGCCACCACCAUCUCAAAGAGGAUUUGAUCGUAUUGAACAUGGGGGACGUGGGCGUCGCUCAACCUAUGGCUCAGCCGAUAGCGAUGUAGAGAGCUCGAAUUCUCGACGGCGGUCAUCGCAAAUAGUCCCAGUGUCCCUGCACCAGGACAUUGACGAGGGCUACUCGUCUUAUCGGUCGGAGCAUGAAGACCAUCGCCAUCGCCGUCGCCGACAUAGGCGGCAUGUUGACGAACGGUACUCUCACGACGAUCGCUCCUCCCGAAAAUCCUUAUCCAAAGCUUCUGUCAUCUCCGGGAGCACUGGCCUAGGGACCGCCGUUCUAGGAUACCCUGAUGACUUUGAUGAUGGGCUUUCCCCUCGGACGGAUCGCCAUCGCUCCCGUGAUAGGAGCGCUCGUGAGGACGAGAACAAGCCUCACCAUAGCCGAUCACGGAGGCGACGGUCCCGACGUCGUGAUGAGAGUGACUCUGACUCGUAUACCUCCGACGAAGAUCUGAAGCAAUACCGGCGUGAGCCGUCUGCGCAUAGAAGGCGAGAUGGGUCCGAUGCCUCUGCGAGCAGCAGUGAUCGGGGAUCCCAGUAUCUCAUUGUUAACCGCACUCCUCGACAUCGCUCCCAGUCGAGACGUCGUACCGAGGACGCGUCGGCCAAGGAUGGGAGCAGGCCGGAAAGACUCAGUUCCCCGGAGGAACAGAAGAGGCCUGAGCCGGCUGCAGCGAAGGAUCAAGAACCUCCUGCUCCGAAAGGGAUCUUGAAGCCGCCACGGGCCAAGUUUCCCGAGGAACCGAAUCCCGUGCGGGAAGGCGUAGCGCCGCUCAAAGAUGCCCAUAAGAAGGGAAUUCCUCCAGGCGCAAGGUGGACGAAAAUUGACAGGCGAUUGGUCAACCCCGCUGCCCUGGAAGUCGGCCGUGAGCGCUAUGAGGAACGUUCGGAGUAUGUCAUUGUCUUGCGUGUGUUGACCAAGGAAGAAAUUCAGGCAUACGCCGUUAAGACGCAAGAGAUUCGAGGUAUGUGUAACGGUUAUUUGCUCGAUGGUCUCCGUGCAUACUAA